UUAAUUAGCCCAAAAUCUUAUUACCUUUAAAUAUGUUAAAUCUCACUAAAUUUGGCUCGAGAGCUACACCUAUUGGGUUUAAAGUAGUGUUUGGCACUCCAACAAGAAGUUUUGCCACCUUCAGAGGAUCUAUGGAGAACUUGGGGAUGGCUGAAAGAGACCCAGAAAUGCAUGCAUUGCUUCAAGAAGAGGUUAAGAGGCAGAAUGAUGGAAUCAUUCUCAUUGCUUCAGAAAAUUUUACCUCCAAAGCGGUUAUGCAAGCUGUGGGAUCCCACUUGCUUAAUAAAUACAGUGAGGGAUACCCAGGCGUAAGGUACUAUGGUGGUUGUAGGGUCAUUGAUAAGAUAGAGACCCUAUGACAACAGAGAGCUCUUAAAGCUUAUGGAGCUGAUCCUGAAAAAUGGAAUGUUAAUGUACAAGCAUUGUCAGGUGCUCCAGCUAAUUUUGCAGUCUAUACAGGACUUGUUCCUCCAGGUGGUAGGUUAAUGGGUCUUGAUCUUACAUGUGGUGGUCAUUUAUCUCAUGGAUUUCAGACACCAACAAGAAAAGUGUCCGCAACUAGCAUGUUUUGGGAUACUCGGUCAUACAGGUUAAAUAAAGAUGGUUUUAUUGAUUAUGAUAGUGCAUACGAAUUAGCCCAAGAAUUUAAACCAGAUAUGCUUAUUUGUGGAUACUCAGCUUAUCCAAGAGACCUUGAUUACAAAAGAUUUAGAGAGAUUGCAGAUAGUGUUGGGGCUCUUCUUCUGGCAGAUGUUGCACAUUUUUCAGGGCUGUUAGUGUCAGGUCUUAUGAAUUCUCCCCUCGAAUACGCAGAUAUCAUGACUUCUACAACUCAUAAAUCUCUCAGAGGUCCAAGAGGAGGCUUAAUUUUUAGCAGAAAGGAAUUCUCUGAUGCCAUUGAUGAUGCUGUGUUCCCUAAAAUGCAAGGAGGCCCACACAAUCAAACAAUUGGAGGUAUUAGUGUUGCUCUUCAUGAAGCAAUGCAACCAGAAUUCAAAGAAUACUCUAAGCAAGUACUCAAAAAUUCAAAGAAAUUAGCAGAUUCUUUGAUGAAAAGAGGUCAUACACUUGUCACCAAUGGUACUGAUAAUCAUAUUAUCCUUUGGAACCUUCGUCCGCAUGGUUUGACUGGUUCAAAAUAUGAAUCAAUUUCAAAUCACACUAACGUAACUCUAAACAAGAACACUAUCUCAGGUGACAAGUCAGCAUUGACUCCACACGGAAUUCGUUUGGGAACUCCAGCAUGCACAACCCGUGGCUACACUGAAGACCAUAUUGAAGAUGUUGCAGAAUUUCUUGAUAGAAUUUGAAAAGAAGCCCUCAAAAUUCAGAAAGAAAGGGGCAAGAAGCUAGCUGCUUUUAACCAAGGAGUAGAAGAGAGCGACGAGGUUAAGAAAAUAUCCCUAGAAGUUUCGGAAUUUGCACAGCAAUUUGAACUUCCAGGGAUAUAGCCAAUAAUAUUUAAUGGUGAACUUGAAAUAUUCCAUUUUCA